CACGCGUGCAGAGCAGGGUAUAAAAGAGACAUCCUUCCCACUCAACACUCAGUUCUCUCUUCACUCUCACCCUCUCCUGAGUAGACGAAACCUCCUUUUUCAUGAUGACCGGGGGUCUGUGUGUGUGUGUCCUGCUGGUAGUCCUGUGCAGAAGCUGCUUGGGGUUACCGUACUCCUCUCAGCCUCUGGGUGAGGGGCAACACUCCAGCUCAUCUGCGUAUGAAGCUCACCUUGACGCUGACACCCACGCUCUAGGAGCACACCAACUCCAACAAAGUCACUCUAUCCCCCAUCUGAAAGCUCUUCCCGCGGCCGAGGGCGACGAAGACACGCGGGCCAACCUCAGCGAGCUACUAGCGAGGCUCAUUUCCUCCAGGAAAGCUUCUGUGCGCAGAAAUUCCACAGCCAACAGCAGGGGCAGCGCCAACCAUCGAAUAGCAGACAGAGACUACAUGGGCUGGAUAGAUUUUGGCCGCCGCAGUGCAGAGGAGUACGAGUACUCCUCAUAAAAAAAAAUAAAUAAAAAAGAGAAG